AUGCAACUUUCUUAAUACCUGUAGUUAAUCUUAUGUAGAAUAAAAUGUGAAAAAGUAGCAUUCCCAAUUAGUAUACAUCAAGCUCUUAUGGGCUAUACUCUUCAAUUUACUUACCAGAUAAUAAGAAUUGUUCAAAAUCUUCAAUUAUUUUAGGUGGAUUAUAACUAAGAGUUCCGCAAAUCUCUCUAGAUUUACAAUUCUUACAAGCUCUUUAGUAAUGACCAAAAUCAAUUAUAAUAACCUUAUAAUUUUCUUAAUCUUAAUUAUCUAAUAAGAUGUUUUCAAGUUUAAUAUCACAGUGGCAAACAUUUUUUUCAUGUAAAAUUUUAAUCUUCUCAACAACUUAUUUAAACAGUUUCAAAGCUAAAUAUCUACAUUUUAUUCCUUUUUAAUUCGAAACUAAUUCUACUAAUUAUGAAUUUAUAAAUGGAAAUAUCAGUUCCUUCUUACUAUCAUCAAAUAAAAUUAGCUCUAAGAAAGAACUUUAUUGUUCUUUAGCAAUUUCAUUUUUUAGAACUUUUUCAUAAAAUUGUUUCUCUCUUACAUAAUCAUUUUCGAAUUCAAAUAUCUUCCUAAAAUAAACAUUCUACCUUGCUUCGCAUUUAAAUACCUCGCCUCUAGCUUAUCCUCCAUAAAAUUCAGCUUUAUCCUCUUCCAUUAGUGCCUAGUUUCAAUGCUUUUAUAAUUUUAUUAAUAAUGAACUUUUAAUUCAAGAUAGAUAAAUAGAUAUAAAGAAACUAUUUUCUUUAUUGA